AUGGCUGGAGGAGGCAAUAUCAAAGUAGUUGUAAGAUGUCGUCCGCUCAACGCGAGAGAACUUGCCCGAGGAGCGACAGGCCUUAUUCGGAUGGAGGGCAAUCAAACCAUUCUUAGUCGUCCUCCGGAUAGCAAAACAGGCAAAGAAUCUGAAGAUAUCAAGGCAUUCACCUUUGACAAGUCAUAUUGGUCCGCUGACAAGAAUGCUCCAAACUAUGCCGAUCAACAAACGGUGUAUAAUGAUUUGGGAGAGGAUCUAUUGAAUCACGCAUUUGAUGGAUACAAUUGCUGUAUUUUUGCUUAUGGUCAAACUGGUUCAGGAAAAUCAUACUCAAUGAUGGGUUAUGGUGAUGACCAUGGUAUCACGCCAAGGACAUGCAGCGAAUUAUUUGAGCGCAUCAAAGCCAACGAUGAUGAGAACCUGACGUAUCGUGUGGAGGUGUCCUACAUUGAAAUCUACAAUGAGAAGGUGCGGGAUCUCUUGAAUCCAAAGAACAAAGGCAACCUUAAGGUCCGUGAGCAUCCCAGUACUGGUCCCUAUGUUGAAGAUCUUUCACGUCUCGUCGUAAAAUCCUUUGAUGAUAUCAACCACCUCAUGGAUGAAGGCAACAAGGCGAGAACGGUGGCUGCUACCAACAUGAAUGAGACAUCUUCGCGUUCACAUGCCGUGUUCACUUUACAUCUCACCCAAAAGCGUAAAGAUGAAUUGACCAAGCUUGAGACAGAAAAGGUGGCUAGAAUCAGUUUGGUGGAUUUGGCUGGUAGUGAACGUGCCAAUAGUACUGGUGCGACAGGUGCUCGUCUCAAGGAAGGUGCUAAUAUCAAUCGAUCAUUGACAACACUCGGCAAGGUCAUUGCUGGCUUGGCUGAACAAUCCAUGAACGAGGGCAAGAAGAAAAAGAAAGAAGCCUUUAUUCCUUAUCGUGAUUCGGUCCUCACGUGGUUAUUGAAAGAUUCAUUGGGUGGCAACUCAAAGACGGCCAUGAUUGCAGCCAUUUCACCAGCCGAUUAUGAUGAGACAUUGAGUACGCUUCGUUAUGCCGAUCAAGCCAAGAAGAUCAGAAACAAGGCUGUUGUGAAUGAGGAUCCAAACGCAAAGAUGAUUCGUGAGCUCAAGGAUGAGUUGGAAGUGUUGCGUGAUCGACUACGAACAUAUGCACCUGAGGAAGUUGAGCAGCUGACAGCAAAGAGCUCGUACAAGAACAAUGAUGCCAAAGGUCGACAAAAUUCGAUGCCUGUGUUUUCGAAAUCAGCUUUGAAUAAGGCACAACAACAGCUGGAGAUUGAGAUCACGGAUAGCCAAGGCACAAAGAAAAAGAUGACGCGACAAGAGAUUGUGGAUCAGCUACAGAGCUCUGAAAAGUUAUUGGCCAAUUUGAAUGAGACAUGGGAGGAAAAGUUGAAAAAGACGGAGCAAAUCCAUGUCGAACGUGAAAAGGCGUUGGAAGAAUUGGGUAUUGCAGUACACAAAAACAACGUUGGCGUCUAUGCUCCAAAGAAAAUGCCGCAUUUGGUGAAUUUGAACGAGGAUCCUCUCAUGUCAGAAUGUCUCAUGUAUCAAAUCAAACAUGGCAUCACCAAAGUGGGUCGAGAUGACAGCGAUGAUCCCCCUGAUAUUCGACUUUCUGGAUCCAAUAUUCAAGAUGGCCAUUGCUAUUUUGAGAACAACAAUGGAGUUGUCACCAUCCAUCCCAAUGGCGAUUCAGUGACAAUGGUCAAUGGCAUGCGUAUUUCCGAGCCUCGUCGUCUACGUAGUGGAUAUCGCAUUAUCCUUGGUGAUUAUCAUAUUUUCCGCUUCAACCAUCCUGAAGAAGUACGACGUGAACGAGGUUUACAAAAGACUGCUGUUGAGAAAGCUGCCAUGGGAGGCAAUAGUCCAUCACCUACAAGCGAUAGCGUUGAUCAUGAUGAGCGACCUGGAUCACCCACUGAGACAGCUAGCAUGAUUGGAUCUGAAGUUAUCGAUUGGAAUUACGCACGCCGUGAAGCUGUACUCAAGUAUUACGCCAACGAGAGCAACUUUGGUGAUAUGAAGGAUGAGGAUUUGGAAAAGCUCUAUGAUGAUAUCACUCGAAUUCGCAACAAUCGCCGAACAACGAGAUCUGAAAGUCGCACUGAUAACUAUGAUGAUGAUUCUUCGGGUGACUCCUAUCGCAACUCCAUGUCAGUGGCCACAGUGCUCAAUGACGGGCUCGAGAGCGUAUGCACUGAAACCACUGUACACAGCGAACUUGAGGAAAAGUUUCGAGUUGAAAAGGAAAAGCUGCAAAAGGAAUUGGUGAAUCAAAAGCGCAACUACGAAGCUGAAAUUACACGCAUGUCACGCCAAUUUUCGCAACAGCUCAUGACCAACGGCCCACCAGGAGGAUACACUGAACAACAAAUCGCAUUAGCACGCAAGGUGGCAGCACAGUGGAAAGGGUUACGUUAUGUCGCCAUGGCUGAAGUCGUGUUGACAAAUGCCGUGAUGCUCAAGGAAGCCAAUAUUAUUUCACGCGAGCUUAAUAAGGAUGUGCUGUAUCAGUUUACGAUCAUUGAAGACGGCCAAUUUUCGAAUCCAAUGUCCUAUUGGGAGACGACAUCAGCAUUGCACCAAUUUGAGACGGAUGAAGAUACCACAUUGAUAUCCACACCAAAACCAUGCAUUGGCGUGCGUGUGAUUGAUCGCAAGCACCAAGUUGUUUAUGUAUGGUCGCUUGAACGACUUAAAUUGCGACUACACAAAAUGCGUAAUCUCUACAACUUUGUUGAUCGACCCAUGUACCGCAGCCAUUUCAAUUGGGAAGAUCCCUUCUUUGAAGAUCCAUGUCCAAAAUAUUCAUUUAUUGGCAGCGCUUCUACAUCGAUUCGUAACCUUGCAUUACAACAACCUUACGAGAGCAACAUGGAGAUUAUUUGUCGUACCACAGGUCAAAUCAAAGGCAUGUUACGUGCGAUCAUUUCACCUAUUGCACGAUCAGUCGCUAUCAAGGGCCCAGAAGCAAGGAUUUCAUUAUCCGAUCUCGACAAUGAGGAAGUGGAUCAAGAAGACGAUGAAGUGGAUGACGAUGGAUUCAUGCUACGAGUUGGCCAACAAUUACUUUUUGAGAUUCGAUUGGUUGAAUUGACAGGCAUCAUUGAUGCUGAUUACCAAGAUGUGCAUGUGCAAUUCAAGCUAUCAUCAUUUGGCGGUAUCCCAGAGCACUCCACAGCUGAAAAGGUGUUUGCGACGGAUCCUAUCAGUGACUUUGAGAAUGGACCUAUUCGCCUUGAUCACAGCCAAACUAUUUCUCUGGUGGUGACACGAAGUGUGAUGGAUGUAUUAAUGCAAGGCAUGAUUUCAUUCGAGAUCUUUGGCGUGGCACAAAAUCGUGUAUUAUCGCAACAUGAGCGAUGGGAUGAUCAGCGUGAAAAGCCAAGGUUGGCAGAUUUACUUGCAGCAAAUCGACCCAUGAAUGGCUCCUCAAGCACUCUAAGUAAUGGCAGCACAACGCAUCGUACAGCAGCAUCUGAUCAAGCAUCCAUUCACUCAAAUCACACAGCUAAUGGCACCCUUGAACGACGCUCUGAAGAGGAACUUCUCGCUGCUGAACGACAUGAUGUACUUUCAUGGGCACAAAUAUGCGAACUAUCACCGAAUGGCGACUAUGUGCCUGUGCCUGUCACCUCACACAAUGCACUUGACAGGGGUGUAUUUACGCUGCGUCAAGGUCUUCAACGUCGUAUUUGCUUGACAUUGUCACAUACCUCAGGGCGUCAAUUUGAAUGGAGUCGGAUAUCGCGUGCGAGUGUGGGACGAGUACGACUCUUGGAUCCGAAAGGAAGGAUUAUUGAUGCACCAGCACAUGACGACAUUCCUAUCAAGCUCCUGUCACAACAAAGCGUGGUGUACAACAAUGAUGGCACAAGUCAGCUGACCGCUCAGGGUGCGUGGGAUAGUUCACAGCAUGAAUGUUUAUUUUUGAACCGUAUCACAGCCCACAAUACUCGAAUCUUGCUCAACUUGAGAUGGGAAAUUGAGGCAGCAAAGUGCUCCAAACCUGUUCAGUUUAGCAUGGACAUUGCUGUUCGUAUCCAUGGUCGUGAUGGUGCUGCUUCUUCUGGUACUCGCUCUCGUUUACGAAAAUUGCUUGGUGCAUCCACUGAAAAGCAGUUACCCAAAUGCAGUGCCAUGUUCCUUGUUCAUUUACGACCCCCCAUGACACGCCGACUUAGCCAAUUGUGGCGUCUGAAUACCGUAUCCAAAUAUGUGCGAGGUGAAGAAUAUCUUGGAAGUUGGCGGCCUCGUGGUGUAUCCUUGGUCAAUGAUUAUAAACACAUCCGUGAACGCAUUCGUCGCAAGGAAGCUGUUGCUUUUACAAAACAAGUGCUCACCUUACAGCAACAAAGGAAGCAGCUACCUCCGUUAGCUAUCCAUGGUGCUUCAUCAUCCUCUUCAGCAGCAGAUGCCGACGAUGCAUUAUCAGAACGACAAGCUGCUUUAGCACAAAAAGUGCUUGAUCUUUGGAAGCAAAAAUAUGGUACUCAUAAAGAGAUUGUGAUUAGUCAAGAUCCACCCAUACCCGGCAUGCCUGAUUUUGAUUUACGGCAAGAAGAACGAGACUGUUCCAAAUUGCUCGCUGAAGUAAAAUUGGUCACUCAAAGCGACAAUGUAUCUAAACGAGGAUAUUUGACAUACCAAGAAAGUGCCGUUCAUGACAAAUGGAUCAAGUUGUGGUUCGUUGUUCGUCGACCCUAUAUAUAUAUUUACAUGGAUCAAUCGGAAACGGAUGAGCAAGGCGUUAUCAAUAUUUCAUCGGUGCGCAUAGAUUACAACCAAGCCUUGGAGCAAAUGAUAGAGCGAUCCAAUGUAUUCGCCCUUUAUACCAGCAACAAUGCAUACACAUUACAAGCCUCGUCAAGAGCAGAUAUGAUCGAUUGGAUAUCCAAGAUUGACCAGAUGUUUCCCAUUGAAAAACUGAAAAAUGAUACACUUUGA